UUUUCGGCUUUUCCAUUGUUCUUUGUCCCAAUUACUUUUGACUUAAAAAAGCAAAAAAAGGGAAGCAAAGAGAAAGGGGAGAAAGAGAACGUCGUCUUCACGGUUUGAAUUUUCAAAACCACUUCGAACGUCAUUGCCAACUGCAGUAUUCGCAGAUAUGGCGUCGCAGGAGUAUUUGAAUAAGAUGCAGGUUCGCCAGAACUAUCGUAAUCUCUGGCACACUGAUCUUAUGCGCACUAUUCAAGCUGACACUCCUUAUUGCUGUUUUUCCCUGUGGUGUGCACCAUGUGCUUCAUAUUUGCUUCGGAAACGGGCUCUCUAUGGUGAUAUGACAAGGUAUACAUGUUGUGCGGGUUAUAUGCCCUGCAGUGGUCGAUGUGGAGAAAGUCGUUGUCCUGAAUUUUGUUUAGCAACUGAGGUUUUUCUUUGCUUUGGAAACUCAGUUGCUUCAACCCGCUUCUUGUUGCAAGAUGAGUUCAACAUACAAACAACGCAAUGUGAUAAUUGCAUCAUUGGUUUCAUGUUCUGCCUCCAACAACUUGCUUGCAUAUUUUCAAUUGUGGCUAUGAUUGUUGGAAGCGAGGAGAUCCAGGAAGCUUCUCAGUUGCUAUCAUGUUUGUCUGACAUGGUCUACUGCACGGUUUGUGCCUGUAUGCAGACACAACAUAAGGUUGAAAUGGACAAGAGAGAUGGCAAGUUUGGUCCUCAACCAAUGGCAGUGCCACCGGUGCAGCACAUGUCACGGCUAGAUCAGCCUUACCCACCAACUGUUGGAUAUCCUCCUCCAGUGUAUGGGGCAGUUUACGGUCAACCACCUCCUCAGCAAGCUUAUGGUCAACCACCUCCUCAACAAGCUUAUGGUCAACCUCCUCCUCAACAAGGUUAUCCAGCUCCUGCCUAUCCACCUGCUGGUUAUCCUCCUCCUGGCUAUCAGAAGUGAUCUUUCGAAGGAUUUGGUGCGUCAUUCUAUUAUCAAAAGAAAGCUGGAAAUGAGUAGACCCCUUGCUGAAUGGACUGGGGAUUUGUAUAGACCCCUUGCUGAAUGGCAGCUAUAAUUGAAAUUGAAAAUGUGUGUGCUGAGAUUGUCUGUGUAGAUUCGUCUCAGGAAGUGUGUUCGGCUUGAACGAUGAAAAUGACAUUACUGUGCAUCCUACAGCCAAAUUUAAUUGGUGUUUGGAUUUGAAAUUGUUCCUGUGAUAUGUGUCAAGCUAACAAAUUCAUUUGAAUUGCUGUCAUAUGCUAUACUUGUUUCGUGAAAUGCAUAUUUUGGUUUUUUGUGCA